GCAGGCGCGCCGCGGUGCAGGCCGGGAGGCGGGGUAGGGUUGAUUAGCGCGUGCGCGGCCCGCCAUCUUUCUUUAGCCGCCAGGCGCGCAGCGGGCAGUAUGGGCCACCAGCAGCUCUACUGGAGCCACCCCAGGAAGUUCGGCCAGGGCUCCCGCUCCUGCCGCGUGUGCUCCAACCGCCACGGCCUCAUUCGCAAGUACGGCCUGAACAUGUGCCGGCAGUGCUUUCGGCAGUACGCCAAGGACAUCGGCUUCAUCAAGCUGGACUGAGCGCCGGGAGGAUGAGGCUGUCGCCAGAACUCCCUGGGCCUCCCUGACACAUCUGUAGCAUCGCGGCGCAGCCCUACUCAAUAAAUAGUCUCCCUUCCCGACUGAUAA